ACACCGAUGACCCGCGGUUUUGAUCGAAAACCCUUAGGCUUCUGCGUUUUGCUACUUAAGUCGCCGAGCCUCCUAGCCGCUCAAGCACAGUGGAGCCGACAAUGUGCUCCGAACUCCGAUGGCCUCCGUGGCCUGUCGGUUCUGUAGCCCCUCUGGUCUGGCGGCCUUCUUUCUCCUCCGAUGGAUCUGUGGUGGCGCGCACGAGGGCUGCCAGAUCUAAUGCCCAUCACGGCUCUCCUGUUGGUUCCAAGGGACUACGGUCGCCUGAUCGGGUUACUGCCCCGCAUUCUGCCGCCAGCCCCCAGCCAAAACGCGUUUUUUUUUUCCUUCUUGCAUAAUGGAUUAAUCAAAUUCCGAUGCAUCG